ACCCACGGCAAGUCUACCACCGUACAGGUGUAACGCGCUGGUUCAAAAUUGAGAAUAGAUGCAGAUUCGCCGUGGAGACGGGUUAAGGAGUCAUCGCUUGAGUGAGAAGAUACCUGUGAAGGAUUUUGAUCAUGGAGGAGGAAUUACGGUGUUACGCUUGUAGAGGAUUUUAUACGAAUCCAGUUAUUUUACCAUGUACCCAUAAUAUAUGUUUUCCAUGCGUUUUAUCGCUUCAACAAGUUAACGGAACGGCAGUUUUACCGGCAUCAAGCGAGCAGCCUCAGCAGGCGACGAACUCAACCGGCACACAGUACGAUUUCUCGUUUGACUUCCCCGAGGCCGACCGCCUGAGCGCUUUCAGUGAUGGUGACAGCGGGGUGAGUUUUGCUGGUGGUUAUGCACCCAGCCAGGCCAGCGGUUCGAGCUCCAGUUCACGUGCUUCCAGCGGGGUCGGUAAGAAUGGCUUUACACCAGCUAAUCCAGAUACCAUGAGGAUCAGCUGCCCACAAUGUCAUCGGAUCAUAUUCCUAGAUGAAAAGGGGGUCAACAGCUUCCCCAGAAACAGAGUUCUGGAGUCCAUUGUUUCACGGUAUGGCAAGGCACAGAAUCUGAUCAUAAAAUGUCAGUUAUGUGAACAAAAUGCCGCUGUUGCUGCGGUUUAUUGCGAACAGUGCGAGGUAUUUUACUGCAGUGCUUGCCGUGUAAGUUGCCACCCUGCCCGUGGACCCCUGGCCAAGCACAGCUUAGUAACCCCUGCCAAAGGAAGCCUGAAAGUCAAAAGUGGGAAGACUCCACCGAAGAUAGCGAAAUGCCAGGAACAUACGGAAGAGAACUUAAGCAUGUACUGUGUAAUGUGUAAAGUACCGAUCUGUUAUGUCUGCCAGAAUGAAGGAAAGCACCUCAAGCACGAGAUGAAAGCUCUUGGAGCAAUGUCAAAAAGUCAGAAGAUGGGGAAGGAGGAGGAUUUAAUCAGUGGCGAUCCCAUCAUGAUGAUAUGGAAAGAUUCUAAACAUCUCCCAGUCAUCGCUUUGGCAUCGUCUGAAAUCUUGAAGAGAUUUACAUGUAAGAGACAAAUUGCUCUGUGGCUCUUCUCUGAUUUCUGCUAA